UGGCAUGGAGGAGCGUGUUGCGUAGGCGGCGGCAUGGCGGGCAUGCCGGGCCACGGCAACAGCGUCAGCGCGGGCGACCGCGCGCACAGCCACGAUGCGAGCAACAGGUCAUCCAGUAGCGGGUCGCGGCGGGGGUCGUCGCCCCCCACACAGGGGCAGGUGAACGACUCCCAGCCAGCGCACCGACCGGACUUGUCCGACAACCAGUCGUGCGACCGGCGCGCCAACAUCAACCUAUAUGAACGGGACUUCUUCCACGACACUAGUAAAGUACCCACUAUGGCAUCCCUCAGCGGCGUGGGCGUGGUGACGCACACGGCGCCGUCGUACGAGGAGCAGCGCGCCAGCCCCGCGCUGCUGAGCCGCGGGGCCGGGGGCGGGGGACGCGGGGGCGGGGCCGGGGCCGGGGGCACGCCCGGGGGACGCAGCGCCCGGGACGACGGGUACUGCUCCGCGUCCAGCACGCCCCGGGCUCUAGACCACAAAUCAACGAAAGGAUCGGUGGUCACACUGUCUUGCUACAAAAAGGAGCCCAAGGUGCAGAUAGAGGAGGAGGGCUACUACAGCGAGGCGGCCAAGAAAACUCGCGCCAACAGCAUCAAACUAUGCACCGAUGGCCAGGCGGACGACGGGCGCGAGACGUGGGGCACGGGCGCGGACUUCCUGCUGUCCAUCAUCGGCUUCGCCGUGGACCUCGCCAACGUGUGGCGCUUCCCCUACCUGUGCUACAGGAACGGAGGAGGAGCGUUCCUGAUCCCGUACACGCUGAUGCUGGUGUUCGGCGCGGUGCCGCUGUUCUACAUGGAGCUGAUCCUCGGCCAGUACCACCGCCAGGGACCCAUCACGCUGUGGAAGAUAUGCCCGCUGUUUAAGGGUGUCGGAUUCUGCGCAGUGAUGGUCGCUUUCUACGUCUCGUUUUACUACAACGUAAUCAUCGGCUGGGCGCUCUACUUCCUCAUCUCAUCAGCUCGCUCCGAGCUGCCGUGGGUGCACUGCGACAACGCGUGGAACAGCGAGCAGUGCUGGGACUCCUCCCGGGCUAAUGGGACGAACCAUACGGACAUCAAGUACCAGGGGCCGCUGUCGCACUUCACUCCAGCCAGCGAGUUCUUCCACCGCGCAGUCCUGGAGAUGCAGCACUCGGAGGGGCUGAACGACCUCGGCCUGCCCAAGUGGCAGCUCGCCAUGUGCCUCGGGGUCGUCUACAUCACGCUCUACCUAUCGCUCUUCAAGGGAGUCAAGAGCUCUGGCAAGGUAGUCUGGCUGACGGCGACGAUGCCCUACGUGGUGCUGUCCAUCCUGCUGGCGCGGGGCCUGCUGCUGCCGGGCGCCACCAGCGGCAUCGCCUACUACCUGCAGCCGGAGCUCACCCGCCUGAAGGACACCCAGGUGUGGGUGGAUGCCGCGGUGCAGAUAUUCUACUCGGUCGGCGCUGGGUUCGGAGUCCACCUCUCCUAUGCCAGCUACAACACCUUCCACAAUAACUGCUAUAAGGACUGUCUGAUCACGACGCUCGUCAACUGUUUCACGUCGUUCUUCUCCGGGUUCGUGAUCUUCACGUACCUGGGCUUCAUGUCGCACAAGCAGGGCGUGCCCAUCUCCUCCGUCGCCACUGAAGGUCCGGGGCUGGUGUUCCAGGUGUACCCGGAGGCGGUGGCCACGCUGCCCGGCGCCAGCCUCUGGGCCAUGCUGUUCUUCUUCAUGCUCAUCAUGCUGGGACUCGACUCUGGGAUGGGCGGCCUGGAGUGCGUGAUCACGGGCCUGCUGGACGAGGCGCGCGCGUGCGGCGCCACGCGGCUGCGUCGGGAGCACUUCACUCUGCUCGUCGUCUGUGUGUCCUUCUGUGUCGCCUGCAUCAAUAUCACCCCGGGUGGCAUCUACAUGUUCCACUUACUGGACACGUAUGCGGCUGGUAUAUCGCUUCUCUGCUCCGCUUUGUUUGAAGCUGUUGCUGUGUCUUGGUUUUACGGAUUGAAGCAGUUUUCAGACGACGUGGAGAAGAUGCUCGGUUUCAGACCCGGUCUGUAUUGGAGGAUAUGCUGGAAGUUCGUCAGCCCCAUUUUCAUCAUUGGUGUGGUGGUCUUCGGUCUCCUCUACCAGCAGCCGCUGCAGUACCAGCACUACACGUACCCGCCGUGGGCCGUGUGCCUCGGCUGGGGGCUCGCCUGCUCCUCCAUACUCAUGAUCCCGCUCGUCGCGGUUUACAAGCUCGUGUCUACGCCGGGGACUUUUCGCCAGCGCAUCGCGUGCUGCAUAUCGCCCGAGUCUGAGCACGAGGCCAUCCGCGCCGGCGCCCCCGUCAGCCGGUUCACGUGGGCCCACUGGCUCUAUGUGUAGGCACCUUCGUCUACGCACUGGCUGUAUGUGUAGGCUCCUUGGUUUACAGAGCGAGAAAGGUCACUGGCUCUAUGUGUAGGCACCUUCGUCUACAGAGGGAGGGAGGUCUUGAGGUUCAUCUGCAAAGUGGGCUCAGUGGCUCUAUGUGUAGGCACCUUCGUCUACAGAGGGAGGGCUGGCUCUACGUGUAGGCACCUUCGACUAGCAAAGAGAAGGAGAUCACUGCCUCUAUGUGUAGACACCUUCGUCUAGCAGAGUGAGGAACGUCUUCGGUUAGAGGUUCAUCUUCAAAGACACUGGAUGGAGAGCUUGACAAAAAAAGACGGCUGUCAUGCCAUCGGCAUCGGUACAUUUAAUACAACGAUGUAACGUCGUGGUUAGCGUAGCAAGUUCUACGUACUUUAUUUGUGCAAUAUAGAGUGUGAAGAAUUUAUGAAUUAUAGGUACUUACCUAUAUAUAUUAGAGCGCGUCACGUUAGCCACUGCGCUAUAUGACUGUAUAUGUAUAUGAAGUGUAGUGGCUCUCAGCAGGAUAUGCUUUAACGAAUUCUGAAAUAAAAUUUUGCGGAUACCUAUAUACAUAAACAUAAUAGUACCUAAUAGCUAAGCUAAGUCUAGCUAAUAAUAUUUAUAACUAUGAUGUUGAAACUAUAAAAGAGUAAAUAUUUAUUUAUUUAAAUUUAGCAUUAAUAUCGAAUUGUAGGUACCUAAGUAAUAAUUAUGUAAGAAUUGCUUAGAACCCUGAAUACAGAAAAUUUAUUUAGUGCAAUGUUGUAAACGAAAGCUUCUUUAUAGUAAAUGUGAGCUAAAAUAUAAUUAAAAGUAGAUGCCUAGUCAAAAUAUUACUACGGUUAAAAUAUUACGGCUUUUUUUUAGAUUAAGUAAAUGUAUUAUUAUACCUAGUAUAAGAAUGUAAAGUAUCUAUAAAGUUCUAAGAAUACUUUAAGUACCUACUUAUACAUAAGUAUACCCUAUAUUUCGGAUAAUUAAACUGAAAGGAGAAUACCUAUUUUUCAAAAAAGUUAUGUAUGUUAACCCUAUUGUAGGAACCUUGAGAAAGGUGCAAAUUGAGUUUAUAAUGUGCUGAAGGGUUCCCCGAGUAAGCUCGGCUUACUGUUGAAAUCAAUCUUGUUCAUUAGGAGAUCGUGACAACGAAAUUUUAGGGCUGAAACGUAUGACUAUUUUAAGU